AUGGUGGCGGAAUGGGAUCCGAAGUUACCAAUGGAAAGCUCGGGUGAUGGGGAGAUCGAAUCAGGUCCUGGGGAGAUAAAAGGUCAUCGGAAGAAACUUAUGGUUGGUCUCGACACGGAAUGGUGUCUAAGUCUAACCACCAAGACUGAUAAGCAUCAAAAAGUGGCAAUCCUACAACUUUGUGUAGGUCAGAGAUGCCUAAUCUUUCAGCUCUGUCAUAGAGAUGCGAUGCCUCGAUCUCUUGUAAAUUUUCUGGGGAACAAUAAGUUUACUUCUGUGGGAAAAGUGGUUGGAACUGAUGCCAAAAAGCUUUUUGAGGAUUGUGAAUUGAAUGUGGCAAAAGUUGGAGAUCUUUCAGAGAUGGCUUGGUUGCAACAAAGUACCAGGAUGAACCAAUGA